CUCUGCAAAGGGUUGAAGACUCAGCUUCAGCAUCUACUAGCAGAACAGGUAGCCCUGUGCCUGUUUUCAUCAUGACCUACCGGUGCCUCCUCCAGAUGGCUCUCCUGCUGUGUUUCUCCACCACAGCUCUCUCCAUGAACUACAGCUUGCUUCGAUUUCAGCAAAGGAGGAGCGUUGCGGUGUGUCAGAAACUCCUGCGGCAGUUACCUUCAACUCCUCAACAUUGCCUCGAGGUCAGGAUGGACUUCCAGGUUCCUGAGGAGAUGAGGCAAGCACAGCAGUUCCGGAAGGAAGAUGCCGUAUUGGUCAUCUAUGAGAUGCUCCAGCAGAUCUUCGGAAUUCUCACCAGAGACUUCUCCAGCACUGGCUGGUCUGAGACCAUCGUUGAGGACCUCCUUGUGGAACUCCAAGGGCAGAUGGAUCAUCUGGAGCCAAUCCAGAAGGAAAUCAUGCAGAAGAAAAACUUCACUAUGGGAGACAUGACCGUUCUUCACCUGAAGAAAUAUUACUUCAACCUUGGGCAGUACCUGAAGUCCAUGGAGUACAACAGCUGUGCCUGGACAGUCGUGCGAGUGCAAAUACUCACGAACUUUUCUUUCCUGAAGAGCCUAACAGGGUACCUCCGUGACUGAACAUCUCCCACCUGUGGCUCUGGGAAUGGAC